GGGCACUUAUCGUCCAAAGCCGGUGGAGUGGACACACACAGACACACAACCCCUCGACGACUGUUCUGAGGGUGUUCAGAAACUCAGUCGACAAUUCCCAGGAAAACCCAAUCCAGACGGUACCCUAAGACUUGGCAUCAUUCAGGUUCUCUGUAUAGAUACCCAACCCGUCCUCCUCCUCCGUCACCAUCACCAUUCCAGAAGUUUAUCUUCCCCAUACGAAAGCCACAAUCGCAGCGCGCGCGUGUGUGUGUGCGUGUGUGCGGGCGUGCGUAUGCUUUCGCGGGACGCCUCCUGCUCACUCCUUAUCAGUUGCUGUGUGUGACCCGAGAAGAGAGGAGAGAGGGAAUACGAGUAUUAAGUCAGUGCCGCUCGGGAAAGGAAGGUGUUAGGACUCAUCUUGCACGACGCCACCGGUCGACGCGAUUGCGACUCCAUCUGUUGGCAACUUCUGAACUAUUAAAGUCAACAAUGAAGGUGGCGCUGGUGAUAUGGUUAGCGUCUGCGUGGGUAUCGACGAACGCUGGACCAUUGUCCGACUUCGAGGCCAUGAAGAUAGUUACCGAAAGUCUACCGACCGGUUCCAUCGUGACUUCCAUCCAGCCAGCAACACCCUCCAGUCACUUCCUCUCCUCCAUUUCUGACACGACACAGCCAAUCAACCUGGAUGAGGUUCUGCGUGAGAUCACAGGGUCUGGGGCAGAAGUUGUCUCUGCAAACACUGUCGAACCCGCAUCUCCUAAUUUCGGACACAUCACAUCAGCUGUUCCUUUCAUAACUACUCUGAAUGUGAACAGACAAGGGAAUCUUAUCUCGGCAGAAGACGACCACUUUUCAUCGGGGGAGUUUGACUUUGAUGGCGACGAUGGGUUCAGAAUAAUCAAUUCAGGAAAUGGUUUUCUUAGCCAAGGAGUAACAGCAGGUGUAGGAGGCAGUGUCCCACUAUCGGCGUUUAUCAGCGGCGGCGAUGCGUCAGGUCUUGGCGGAGUUGGGGGGUCUGUAGGAGGUGGGGCCUUUGGCCAUGGCGGGUCACCUGCAACUGUUGGCACUCCACUACCAAACUUCGGAGGAGCUGGAGGAGGAUUUGGAGGAAGUGACUUUGGUGCUGGAGGAGGAUUUGGAGGGAGUGACUUUGGUGCUGGAGGAGGAUUCGGAGGGAGUGACUUUGGUGCUGGAGGAGGAUUUGGUGGAGGUGAUGUCAGUUUUGGAGAAGCAAGUGGUUCUGUUGGCGUUCCAUUGACAGGUGUCCCUCUGACAGCUGUCCCUAGCACUGCAGGACCUCAUGGAGGUGGUGGUGUGAUCCUUGCAGGUGUAGGUGGAGGUCUUGGUGGAGCUGGAGUAACACAUGGAGGCGUAGGUGGAGAUUUUGGAGGUGCUGGAGUACCACUGGAUUUAAGUGGUCAUGGUGGUGGUGGAUUGAAUCUUGGGGGAGGUUUUGAUGGAGCUGGAGGGCAAUUUGGAAGUGUAGAUACAGGUCUUGGAGGUGGCAGUGUGAGUUUUGGAAGUGUAGAUGGAGGAUUUGGUGGUGCUGGACUGAGUUUUGGAAAGGACAGUGGUGCUGGACUGAGUUUUGGAAGUGACAAUGGUGCUGGACUGAGUUUUGGAAGUGACAGUGGUGUUGGAUUACCACUUGGCAGUAUAGGUGGAGGUCAUGGAGGUGCAUUAACUACCUCAGGCCCUGCAAUUGUUUCAGGAGGUCCAGGGCUAACUCUUGGAGGUGCUGAUAUAAUCCAGGCAGACUUCCACCAAGUAGGUGAUGUGGGUCAAGUACUAGGAGGCUUCUCAGGAGUUUCAGAUGGUUCUUCAAUUGGCUUUGGUUUAUCAGGACCACAGACCUUGGUAACACACGAACCUGUAGUGACAUCAAUAGCAGCUCCAACCAGCGGUUACCUCCCACCUUCAACAACAUUCUUAUCCUCCCCAGCUUUACCAGCUGCAGAUUACCUCCCACCAACAACUAUCAUAUCAUCCCCAGCUGCACCAGCUGUAAAUGAUGUUUUCAGUCAAGGUACAUUUAUAUCACAUCCAACUGAAACGAUAUUCUCAAGUCCAACACCAACUGUCGGACCUACAAAAAGUGUUAAGCCUGCCCCACUUACAACCAAAUUUUCUUCCGUUACACCAGGUGGUAUAACUAAUCUUUUGCCAACACAGAGUAUUGCUACUCCUACAAACACAGUCAUCUCGGCUCCAAAAGCGCCACUACUUCCCCAGUUACCGAUUAAGACCUUGAGUACAAAUGGUUUGGGUACUCUUCUUGGUAGCUUGUCUACCAAGAGUAUAACCCCGGGACAAACUCUUGGCAGCAUCCUUCGAGGCCUGGAUGGUCAGGAUGGUAUUGUCGUUGUUGACAUUAAUUCAAAGGACAUCGCUGGUACUCGCGUUAGUACUGACGAUGACAAUGAUGAUCUGGACAACUUCCGUCUUGACAUAGAUUCCCUUGAAGAUGACACACCCAGCUUGUCCUUAGGAGGAGGCACAGUAACCACAGAUGCAGGGGUAUCCAUAGACACUGUUGGCAUUUCACUGGGAGACGCAGAUACCAAAUCCGUAUCAUCCAUAGACACUACGACAACUGCUGUUGAUACAGGUAUAUUUGGAUCAGCAAAGAAGGCUCUCGGUCCCAAGUUCUUGUUCCAGACCCCUCUGGUAGAUAUACUCUCUACCAAAGGACGAUGGUUGGGGACACUCAUUGGAGGCUUAGUCGACCUUGGAGAUGCAGUUGCUAAAAACUUCAACAAAGAGAAGCUGUUCUAAACUAGAUUUUUUAGGUUUGUUCUUCUCUUAUUCAACAAGUUUCAAGGAAAAAUUAUCUCAUUAUGGACACAGAUUAAGUGUCUCUGUUUCUUAUAUGCCAAAUUAGUCGGUCUCUGAACUACAAUGAAUAAGGGAUAUUUGUUAUGCAUUUGGUGGAUUCUACCAAAUAUUUAUUGUAUCUUGUUUGUAAAUAUGUAUGUACUCGUUGCUUCAAGAAAGGAAGAUCAAAACUGAAUUUGUUUUGUUACAUUCUCUGUCAUAACCAGACGUAUCUGUUGCUUUUUAUAAUGUAAUAAACGUUUUGUAAAGUU